CUAAAAUAUAUGCCUGUGUUCACAAGGUUUGAAACGUUAAUUUUUGAUUUAUAUUUAAAAUAAAUUUACUAAUAUAAAAUGAAAUAUGCUCUGGUGAGCUUUGCAGUGGUUGCAAUUACACUCAUUGGAUUCAGUAAAAGCCAAUGGGGUGGACCUCCAAUGUGGGGAGGGGGGCCGCAGAUGGGAGGCCCACCACCUAUGGGCGGGGGUGGACCUCCAAUGGGUAUGGGUGGAGGUGGUGGACCACCAAUGGGUAUGGGACAAGGAAUGGGUCAAGGUAUGGGACAAGGUGGAGGUGGCGGGAACCAAAACUACCCACAAAAUAGCACAACACCAGCAACUACCACUACCACUACAUCAUCUUCAUCGAAUUCUGGACCACCACCUGGUAAUUACAGUGGCGGUGGCCCUCCUGGUGGAAUGGGAAAUGGACCACCAAAUUUUGGAUAAAAUAAUAGAUGGGUAGAUCAAAAAUUAGAAUCAUUAUAUAGACAAAUUUACUAGCCAGAUCAUCUACUAGUUUAUUAAAUAUUAACUUAAUUUAUAAAAUUUAUAUUUUACGCACUUCAUUUCAAUAAAUUUUGUAUAUUCGUUGCUUAUUUUUCUACAUAAAAUUAACACUUAUGUAAAAUUAAAUACAAACUAUUUAA